GACUGUUCCUUGAGUUGUUAUUUUUGUUCUUGUUUCCAGAAUCAAAAGUUUAUUAUUCUGUAUUCUGACACGGUAACACCAAGGAGUAUCGAAUGGGCAGAGAAAUUUGAUCCCAACUGAACGUAUCAGGCUGCGUGAUGAGUAUAAAUUUCAACAAGAAAAUCUUAUUGAGAACCAAAGGAAAUUUCUUCUCCUUUAUUAGCCUUAUCUUCAGGCGCCAAACUCAUCCCCUGGCUGCUAGGUUUUGCCUUCUCAAAUAUACCAAAGAUUCAGGGGUUGGAUCCUCCGUUCAAAAGACUCUCAAAUCCAGCUUUAGUUGUUGAUCAUUCAUUAGUAUUAAUAUUCCCAAGAUUCAAGGCAUUAGAUCUUUUGCUCAAAAGAUUCUCAAAUCUUCCCAAUCUUCAGUUGUUGGAUAAUUUCAAUUGUUUAGAAAGUGGGAAAGGGAUGGAGACCAUUGAAGCCAUUAUGCAAGUAGUAGGGUCUAAGCUUGCCUCUGCUAUAGGAAUGAAAGAGCAAGGAUCAUUGCCAGGUGUUAACCUGCUGCAACUUAAAGAUCUGCAAAAGAAGUUCUUGGAAGUCCAGGAAUUUGUUGAUGAGACCAGAGAGGAGCUCAGAGAGAAUUUCACCGUUUGUCUUUUGCUUGGGAACCAUUUUAGGAGCCUUAUGUACAGUGUAGAUGACUUACUCAACACACUAAUCGCAUGCGAGAAACACUUUCAGAAAAUUGAUCCUAUGGACCUUUUAAUAGACAAGUUCUUAUCAUCCUAUUACUACCUAAUGGAUAAGAUUACUGAAGCAUUAGGUGAAUUGAGAGAGAUAUUGGAGAGAUGCCGUUUUGAUGGAUGCCAUACUUUCAAGUUGAUGCAUGAGAGGGAUAAGAUUGUGGAAUGGUUAUUGUCAAAUGAGAACUCCGAGUCCAGUGCUAACAAAGGGAAUUUGGGUAUAAUUGCAGAAUGGUUAUUGCCGAAUGAAAACCCCAAAUCCAGUGCCAACAAAGGGAAUUUGGGUAUAAUCAGAAUACUUGGCAGUGAGAACACUUACCUUGCCUGGUUGGCCUACAACCAUGAAAGGGUGAAGGCACAUUUUGAUCUUAGUGCUUGGGUUUUCAUGCAUCAGAUUUGUGACCUCACAAACGUUACAAGGUGUAUUUUGCAGUCUGCUCGUCAGUCUCAAAUGAAUAUCCAGGACCUUCUACAUAGCAAGAAAUAUUUUCUUGUGCUAGCCAAUAUAUGUGAAGAUAAUUACUCUGUAUGGGAAGCUUUACAGUCUGUUUUAAUUGUUGGAGCUCCAGGAAGCAAGGUUCUCUUAACUACUAAUGAGCGCUUUGAGGUUGUUUCAAACAGUUGGAAUGUGCAAACUUUGAAGACUGAUUAUGGGAGGUUGUAUAGAUUAUUGGAUGGCAAACGGGAGGAUUCAUGGAAUGAGACUUACCACCAUCUUCCCUUGCAUCUUCAGCAAUGUAUUGCUUAUUGCUCUGUAUUUCCCAAGGAUUACCCUUUUGAGAAGGAUAAAUUGGUCCAGCAAUGGAUGGCACAGGGUUAUGUUUUGCCUGAAAGGGGGAGAAGGAUGGAAGACAUAGGUUCUAGCUACUUUGAUUACCUACUUUCAAGGUCCUUCCUGAAAGUAAAAGUUAAAGAUGAAUGUGAAGCUCAAACUGAUGGCUUUCAGUUAUUCGAAGAAAUUCCCUGUAGUGAUACAAGGUACAAAAUGAAUGCCCGUAUCCAUGACCUGGUUCUGUCCCUUUGGGAGAAUGACCGCAUUAUGUUGAAGGAAGACUUUAGUAGUUUGUCUGAAAACACAAGGCACUUGUCUUUGCUUUGUGACCAUUUUUCUGAUAGUACUUUUGAUGCCUUAGGUUUAUCGUGUAGUGGCUUACGUAGUUUGCUAUUUCUGAGAGGCAAUCAGGGUGCUUACUUCCCAGACAAGCUGUCCCCAAAUUAUCUAUACUUGCGUGUGUUGGACCUGAGUCACACCAAGUUGGAUAGAAAAUUUACAUUUGCAACUGGAGGAUUGAGGUUUUUAUGUUAUCUUGACCUUUCUGAGAGUAGCAUUGGAUGGCUGGAUGGAGAUUUUCAUGAGCUCCAAACACUGAGACUCCUUCGUUGCUAUAGCCUGUGCAAGUUUUCAAUUCAUGUAAACAGUCCAGUUAACUUACGACAUUUACAAAUAGAUACAUCUUAUUCUCAUAAGUUGACUAAGAUGCCAGAAAAAAUUGGGGAACUAACUUGCCUUCAAACGUUACCAUUUUUCUUUGCUAGUAGGGAGACGGGAUAUCGUGUUGGAGAGCUAAAGAAACUGACUGAGCUUCGGGGAGAACUUGGUAUUUUUCAGCUCGAGAAUGUGCAUUCGCUUGAAGAGGCUGAAGAGGCCAUGCUACAGAACAAGCAACAUCUGAACAAAUUGAUACUGCAAUGGAAUGGGGAAUCAAAACAAUAUGGACUUGAGGAUGUCUUGGAAGGCCUUCGACCACACGAGAACCUCAAGGAAUUAGAAAUAGUAUCAUAUGAUGGUUUGUUGUUCCCUUCUUGGUUGGGCAAUCCAUUAUACUCGAAUCUUAUAUCUAUUUCCUUGAAAUGCUGUAGAAAGUGUCAAUUCCUCCCACCACUAGGCCAGUUACCUCACCUCAGGUUUCUCAAGAUAAGUAGUUUAGAAGAAGUGAAACAUGUGGGCUAUGAGUUCUACCGAGGGGAUUCUGUAAAGGGAUUUUUGUCACUGGAGAAACUAGAGUUUGAAGGCAUGAGUAAGUUGGAGAAAUGGGAUGAUUUUGAGCAGGGUGAAUUCCCUAUCCUACGUGAACUUGAUGUGAUUUCUUGUCCCAAACUUAGGCAUCUUCCAGACCUCAAGUAUCUUAUGUGCUUGCAAAACUUGAGGAUUGAACAUUGUUCAGAUCUUGAAUCCCUUCCAAGGGAGGCAUUGCCUACUUCGCUUGAAUCAUUGACUGUUAAAGAGUGUCCCAAGGUAAAAGUGGUGCCAAAACAGAGAGGAGUGAAAUCUUUGAUGAAGACUUAUCCUGGGGACCUGGCAAGAAACAACUUCUCAUCAUAUAUUCACAAUAGAAUAAAUAAUAUUCAGAAGGAAUUAGAUGAACUGAGAGAGAUAACACAGAAUUUGGAAAUAAAUUUUGAUGAUGGAGGCACAGUUUGAUUUUAUUGUAUUGCAAAGAUAUUUUGUUACAAUUCUUGUAAGAGAUGUUCCUGUUGUAUGUUUUUUGAAGGUUGACAAAAUACUCCAAACAAGGUGAUUCACUAACAGUCAAUUGCUACAUCCUAAUCUGAUAUCUUCUUUUCUUUCUUUUCUUCAAUCUUACACUCAAGUUGCUACUUGUAUCCCACUCCUAAAAUCUGUAGUUUCACAGGUAAAAGAAAAGGUAGAUCAUCACUAUUCACUAACAGUCGGACAAAUCCAACAAAAGCCA